AUGCAGCGCUAUGUGGAUCGUCUCUUGAAGCUUAAUGUGAACUUUGAUGAAGAUUUGGUUAUCGACAUAGUCUUGCACUCUUUACCUCCUUUCUAUGAUCAGUUCAAGAUGACUUAUCAUUUGAGCAAAAAUGGAUUGAAAGGAAAGGCUGUUGAAUUCACUCUCCCUACUACUGUUGCUCCAGUCAUGGCUAUUGGACAAGGAAAGGGGAAAAAGAGGAAAGCUCCCCCAAAGCAAAGAUGGAAGGAAAAGUCUCAUGAUGGGUCUUCUAGUAGUGGACCCAAAGGAAAAACCAGUUCUGUUCCUCUUGCCUCAUAUCCAAAAGAAGCAACGUGCGUCUACUACCAAGACAAAGGGCAUUGGAAGAGAAGUUGCCCCAAGUACCCGCAGGACAUUAAGGAUGGCAAGAUCAAGCCUACAUUGGCAGACGAUUUGGUUAAUGGAGAUGAGGUUUAUGUUAGAAAUAAUGUUAAAAACUUUGAUUUAAAUCUUCCUCUUAACUAUGACCAUCAUAUGUUAUUACAAAUGGUUAGAAAUCAGACAGUGCAUUUGUAUUUUUCGGUGCUUGGUGAAGAAGUUGAAGAACAACCAGUGGUGAAGUUGAAGAACAACCAAUUUAUUGGAUCAAAAAGUAGUCGAGGCUGUGGAGAAAGACAAUCCGGUGGAAACCUUUCAUGUAGACGAGGAAAUGACGUAGGAGUGGGUUAUCAAAAGAGAGCUUCAGUUCCUGAUAACUUUGUAUGA